AUAGCAGGAAUAGUUGUGGGAACAAUUGUUGGUGUCAUCUUCUGUAUUUUCAUUGGAAGGAGGAUAACUACUACUACAGCGAAGAAAGGAAGUGAAGAUGAUUUUAGGAAAGAUGAAUCAUGUUUAGAGUUAUUUUCUCUCAAUAUGCUCGGGAAAUCUCAAAAUGGAGUCAAAUUACAAGAGCUUCAACUAUUAGAUUUUGGGAAGCUAGCCACUGCAACAAAUAAUUUUCAUCCAACAAAUAUGCUAGGAAAGGGAGGUUUUGGACCAGUAUACAAGGGGAAACUCCAAGAUGGGCAGGAAAUAGCAGUGAAAAGACUUUCUAGAGCUUCAGGGCAGGGGCUAGAAGAAUUUAGGAACGAGGCAAUGGUGAUUUCAAGACUCCAACAUCGAAAUCUUGUAAGGCUUCUUGGUUGUUGCGUUGAUGGGGAAGAAAAGAUGUUGGUCUAUGAAUACAUGCCAAACAAGAGCUUGGAUGUUUUCCUCUUCGAUGCAGAAAAACAAAAACUUCUUGAUUGGAAAAAACGUCUCAAUAUUAUAGAAGGAAUUAGUCGAGGACUUCUCUAUCUUCAUAGGGACUCAAGAUUGCGAAUUGUUCAUAGAGAUCUAAAAGCAAGUAAUAUUUUAUUAGAUGAUGAAUUAAAUCCGAAAAUUUCAGAUUUUGGUAUAGCAAAGAUAUUUUGUGGCAAUGAGAGCCAAGCUACUACUAGGCGGGUUUUCGGAACAUAUGGUUAUAUGUCCCCUGAAUAUGCAAUGAAAGGACAAUUUUCAGAAAAAUCAGAUGUUUUUAGCUUUGGGGUCUUGACAUUAGAGAUUGUUAGUGGAAGAAGAAACUCGAGUUUCCAAGAUGAAGAGCAUUCACCGAGCCUUUUGGGAUACGCAUGGAAAUUAUGGAGCGAGGGCAACAUUUUGGAAUUAAUAGAUCCAGUGAUCUCAUCAGAUCCAAGUUGUCAUAGGAAAAUGCUGAGAUGCUUUCAUGUGGGAUUGUUAUGUGUGCAAAACUUUGUGAAAGAUAGACCAACUAUGAUGGUUGUAGAUUCCAUGCUUAGCAGUGAGAUAGAAAAUCUUCCUACACCAAAACAACCACCUUUCUUUGAUGAGAAAAUUAUGAUGGAUCACUCACAAUUACAAGCAAGCCAAAUAAUUUUAGCCAUUGACAAUAUUUUCUAA